AUGCAUCGCACCUAUUCCAUGCGCCAGUCGCGCGCUCCGACCGCCUCGCAAAUCGAGAGCCCACCUCCACCCCUGUCAACGACCAAGAGCGGAAGAUGGCUGGGCAAGGGAGGCAUUGGACAUGCCUUCCGGAAGAACGCCGCUGGCGCCUUCGGCCCCGACCUCGCCAAGAAACUGUCGCAGCUCGUCAAGAUGGAGAAGAACGUCAUGCGCAGCAUGGAGCUCGUCGCCCGGGAGCGCAUGGAAGUCGCCCAACAAUUGUCCAUCUGGGGUGAAGCCUGCGAUGAGGACGUGUCGGAUGUGACGGAUAAGCUGGGUGUGCUGAUCUACGAGAUUGGCGAGCUGGAGGAUCUCUUCGUCGACCGCUACGAUCAGUACCGCGUCACCAUCAAGAGCAUUCGCAACAUCGAAGCCUCGGUGCAACCCAGCCGCGACCGCAAGCAGAAGAUCACCGAUGAGAUCGCCAAGCUCAAGUACAAGGACCCCAACUCCCCCCGCAUCGUCGUUCUGGAGCAAGAGCUCGUCCGCGCGGAAGCAGAGUCUCUCGUCGCAGAGGCCCAGCUGUCCAACAUCACCCGUGAGAAGGUCAAGGCCGCCUUCCAGUACCAGUUCGAUGCCCUCCGCGAGCACUGCGAGAAGGUCGCUAUCGUCGCUGGCUACGGAAAGCACCUCCUUGACCUUAUCGACGAUACCCCCGUCACACCCGGUGAGACCCGCCACGCCUACGACGGCUACGACGCCUCCAAGGCCAUCAUCCAGGACUGCGAGGACGCUCUCAGCAACUGGGUGUCUUCCAAGGCGGUCGUCAAGUCCAGCCUGUCCACCCGCUCCCGCACCCUCUCGCAGCGUCACCGCUCCAACGUCAGCAAGAACCGCGAGGGUGUCGACCUCUCUGGUCAGGACCAGCCUCUGCCUGGUGAUCGUGACUCCUGGCUCCCGGCCGACCAGCAUCCUAACUAUGAGGAUGGUGAGGAUGGUGUCAGCACCCUUGAUGGUGAAGUCCGAGGCCGCGAGGAAGAGCGUGAGCCCAUUGCCGCAUGA